UAAAUAACUAUUACUUUUGGUGAAUUGUGAAAGUGCAAGUGGACAGGAGAUUUUUUUUAAAGUGGUUUAGUGAUUUAAGUGUAUAAAACAAUGGAGGAGAACAACAAAAAAGGUAGCGAACGCCAGGAACAAGAGGACAACAGCAAGGACAAAAAGGACAAACAAAAUAGGAAGGCUGAAAUUUUAAACAAGUGCUACAAGCGGAAAAGUGGAAAUUACCGUACCAGCGGCAGGAGACUCUCAAAAUCAAAAGCAGCUAGAGCAAGACGUCAACGUAAUAAACAAAGGAAAUUGGAGGAGGAUUUUGCAAACGAGGAAAAUGUUACGCUUGAAGUUGAGAUGGACGAAUGUCAGGACAAAACAUUUCAUGAAGACUUAAAUAUAUCGUUCAACAACAACGAAAACAACAACAAUCAUUUUACAGGAGAUAAAGUUGAGGAGGUAAGUGAUAAUGAAAUUGUUUUGCAGGCAGAGUUCGAAGAAGAGGAUGAAGCAUUUGAAGCAAUGCAAGAAGAAACAGUUGAAAUUGAAGAGAUAUUUGAAGAAAUAGAAAUUUUAGAGGUAGAAGAUGAAAAGGAUAUGGGGAUAGAUUUGCAGCCAAAUAUAAAAUUAAAAGAAGGAAAGGAAGACUUCUUCGCGAAGAAUGAAGAGAUUAAAGAAAAUGAAGAAGAUGAAGAAAAACAGUGUAAUGGACUUGAGAAAUUUGUAGAAGGGAAAAAGCAAAAAGUUAUAUUAAAAGUAGGCCAAGAGAGCAACAAAGAAAUUGAAAAUGAAGCAUUGCAAGAAAUGAAAUGUUUAUAUAAGGAAUCAAAUGAAAUAGAAGAAAUUUAUGAAGAAAUAUUAAUUAAUGGAAAAGAAGAUAUGAUGAAUGCAGAAGAAGAUGAUAAUGAUGAGGACAUAGAAGAGGAAGAAAGAGAUGAAACAGAAGCGAACAUAGAAGAAUUUAUAGAGGAAGAAGUGAAUGAAGAAAUGUGCAUAAUGAAUCCUCAUAAUGAUGAGGACAUAGAAGAGGAAGAAAGAGAUGAAACGGAAGAGAACAUAGAAGAAUUAAUAGAGGAAGAAGUGGAUGAAGAAAUGUGCAUAGAUGAAAACGAAGAUAUAUAUGAAAAUAAAGGUAGUAAAAUAGAACAAGAAACAAAGGGAAAAAGCAAUGAAAAGAAAAAGUUUAAGAAUGUUAAAAUCUUAGACGAAUUUAUUACUCAAGAAAGGGAAAUUUCAAUGAUGACUCACGUAAUAAAUGAAACUUUGAAAAAAGUUGUAGAAGAAAACAAUCACAAAAAAGGCUGUGAAGAAAAAUCCUGGAAAAUUGUAUCCCGAUACAGAAAAGGAUUAAAAACUAAAUACAAUCUGCAAUGUAGAAAUUGUGGUGCAAUUGUACCAAUUUGGUCAGAGCCAGAAAGUGAAGAUUAUUUAGAUAUAAAUUUGGGUUCUGCUCUUGGCACUAUUACAGCAGAAAUAGGAUAUUCUACAAUAGAGGAAGCACUUGCAGCAAUAAAUGUACACUACAUGAGUCCUGCAUUUUAUAUAAAAUGUCGUUUGGAAGUAGGAUUACAAGUUAUGGAAAUUAGUAGAAAUGUCAUGAAAGCUUGUGCUAAAAAAGAAGCAGAAAUAGCAGUAGCUAAAGGACAUGUCAUCAACGGCAUACCUUAUAUAACAGUGAUAGUUGACUGUGCAUGGUCGAAACGAACUUAUUGCACAUCUGCAUAUGAUGCCUUAGGAGGAUGUGUUUUAAUUAUAGGUUAUGAAACAAAUCAAAUAAUAGAUGUCCUAGUGAGAAAUAUCCCUUGCGCAAUAUGUCAACGAGCAAUGAAAGAAGAAAGAGUGCCUAGAGAACAUGAAUGCUUUUCAAACUAUGAUGAAGGAAAAAGCUCUUCACGAAUGGAGUCUGAAAUGGUUGUGGAAGGUUUCACAACAAGCGAGGAAAAAUAUGGAUUAAUUUAUAAAUACAGAAUUGGUGAUGGAGACAGCAGUACAGAUGCAUUGAUUGCGAAUAUCGAUCCCUAUGAGAAGCAUAAUGUAGUAGUGAAAAAAUUGGAGUGCAAUAAUCAUAAAUUUAGGAAUUUUUGCAACCACAUAGAUGCUAUGACUUCAGAAAAAUCACAACAUGAAGAUAAAAACCCUGGAAAUGCAGCUGCACGAAGAAUCUUGGGAGGUAAAAAAUUAAAGAUGCGAAUCGAAAUUAUCACAGCUAGCGACAGGCGCAGAGAAGAUGAAACAUUAACAAUUGCCCAAAAAAUUGAAUUGCUUUAUCAAGACAUUCAGAAUGUAGCAAGUCAUUGUUUAGGUGAACACAAGAAUUGUGAAAGGUUAAAUUGGCCGUGUAAGGGAAGAAAUUUACUAGGAGAGGACAAUAUGAUACCCUUAAUAAAAAAUACUCAAUCUUACGCACAAGUUGUAGAAGAAUUACGCUUAUUAGGACGAUAUUCAGAAAGUUUGUUGUAUAAAGUCACAACAAAUGUGGUUGAAUCUGCAAAUAAUAAUAUUUGCAAAGUUAUUUCUGGAAAAAGAAUCUGCUACAAUAUGAAAGAAAGUUAUACAGUACGCUGUCAUGCUCCCGCAAUGCAAUUUACAACAAAAAAAGUUUUAUCAACUGUGUAUGAAGGAAUGGGAAAACAAGUACCCCAAGUCGUAGAAUCAAUGGAAAAUCGGCGGAAAUUGAAAGUUGAAAACAAUAAAAAGUAUGCCCAAGAAAAACGGAGAACAAAAAGGUACUUUAAGAAGAACAAGGAUCAAGAUUACGGAGCCAAUGCAAAGAGACCCGAUUUACCAGAGGACAUAUAUAAAAAAGAAGAAGACGCUCUAAUGGAUGAAUUGCAAAGCAAUUGGGAAGAAAGGGAUCAAAUCAUAGAGCGAACAAAAGUCCAAUCAUUAUCUGAUGAGUGGAAAAGAAUACGUAGUAAGAUGCUUACAGCUUCAAACUUUGGUUAUGUCGCUAGAAGACAGAAAACUACGUUGUCUUCGAGCUUAGUCAAACAAAUAUUAUUUAACAUGGUUCUAACGGAUGCGAUGCAAUAUGGAAUAGACCGUGAACAGGAUGCUAGAAUACAGUUGGACGAAAAACUAGGCAUAACAACUGAAAUUUGUGGGUUUUUCAUAGACCCGAUAAUCAAAUUUUUAGGAGGUUCUCCUGAUGGAUUAAUUGCACAAGAGUUAUAUGAUUUAGAUAUUCCUUUAAAUGCAAUUAUGAACAGAAAGUGUAAUGAAUUUUCAUAUGAAAUUGUUCCAGGGGGCAUUGUUGAAAUAAAAUGUCCCUAUACAGCAAGAAAUAUGACGAUAGAAGAAGCAAAGAAAAAAAUUACCACUAUUAAAGGUAUGUAUAGAAAGGAUAUGAAGUUUAUAAAAACGUCACAUCCAUAUUACUAUCAAGUUCAAGGAUUACUUCAUUGUACUAGACGCAAAUACUGCAUUUUCGUCAUGUGGACAUUAGUAGAUAUGGAGUAUACAGUAAUUCUACGUGAUGACAAAUUGUGGAGUAAUAUUGAAAAGAAAUUAUCAGACUUUUAUUUAUAUUGUAUGCGUCCUGAAAUAAUAGACAGCAGAAAUAUAAGACAUUAUCCACUUCGAGAGCCAGAGUAUAUUCUAAAGGCAAGAGAACACUAUAAAGCAGAAAAGGAAAAAGCAAAACAAGCAAAAUUAAAUGCUAUUCUUCAAAAGUGUAUUGAAACUGAAAAAAUCGUUGAUAGUGACAUUCAAGGAGUUCAUCAAGCACAAGAGAAACUGCAACAAUUACCAAAAAGAAAGCAAGAUUUUAAGGACGGUGUACAAGGUACUGUUAAAAAAAGGAAAACUUGCGAUGAUUGGACACUUGCAGACGUGUCUAAUGUUGACAUCAUACUGACACCAAAGAAAGAAAAGUUGGAGUCAUCAAAAAGAAGUCAAGAUUUUAAAGACGGUGAGGAAACAAGUUUGAAGGAAAUAAUACUUGACAACAACAAAAUGUUGGAUGAUGCAUGUAUAGACAGCUUUAUUAAAGUACUACAAGCGUACCAUCCAGAAUUGGAGUUUUUAAGUACGCACAACCUCUCCAAUCCACAAUUCAUAACACCAUGUACGAAAAAUGUUGAUGUGCAAAUAUUAGGAGCAAUAUAG